GACCCCGGCUCUCUUUUCUCCUAACCGAGAAGGCAAUCAGCUGUGGGUCGCUAAGCGAACUUUUAAAUAUACUUUCCGUUACCUCCAUAUAGGAUAACGUUAUAACUAAACAUGUCUACUAACAGUAUGACGGACCCGAGGAGACAAAAUAAGAUUUUAAGGUACAAGCCUCCCAGCACAGAGACCAACCCCACACUAGAGGACCCCACUCCUGACUACAUGAACCUGCUCGGCAUGAUCUUCAGCAUGUGUGGGCUCAUGCUUAAGCUGAAGUGGUGCGCCUGGAUCGCCGUCUACUGUUCCUUCAUCAGCUUUGCAAACUCCAGAAGUUCAGAAGACACCAAACAGAUGAUGAGCAGCUUUAUGUUGUCUAUCUCAGCCGUAGUGAUGUCAUACCUCCAGAACCCACAGCCAAUGUCUCCACCUUGGUAACCAAGGGCCGAUCACAGAAGAAAGCAGAAGUUGGCCACAAUUGCCUCCAACACCCUGCAAAAAAAAAAGAAAAUGGAGUCAUCUAUGAGCAACAACAUAAACAGAAAAAAAAUUAUAGUCAUGUUUUACAAUUUUAAUCCCGUGUGAUUUUUGUCCUGUUUGGUUGCUGAUGAGAUCUUGACAUAUAAAAAUGUUUUGCAAACUUUUCUGAA